UUAUUUAAUUUCUUUAUUUUGUAAAUGCAUGUGAGAGAGAGACAGAGAGAAAAGAGACAGAGAGAUGAGUUAACUCAUCAGUACAUUAUAGGAUGGGACAUUAUUAUCUAUGAUAUGAAGCAAUAGUUUGGGGUCUGUAUAGCUGUAGCAUAGCUGGGAGAUGGAUGGAUGUUGAAAAUCCCGUCAAUCUGCUGUCUGUAAAUUAUGCAUUCAUUACGUACACAGAGGCAACUGCUUAUGCUUUUCCAUGUCUAUAUUAUAUAACUCCUCCACCAGACAAAAACGUUUCUUUUUCUCUUCUCUUUUUUUCCUUUUCUAAUAUAACAUCAUCGUCGAGAGGUAUUAUUAUUAUAACUAAAUGCAUAUGGCUCCUUCAUCAUCUCCGAUACGGAGGCAGAGUAGAGUUUGGGUUUGGGAGUGUAUUUUCUUCUUCGUCUUACUCUUUGUCUUGGAUGCUAAUAUGGCUACUGCUGCUGCCCGUCCAUUCAUGGAGAUUCGGAGGAAUCUGUUGGGGAAUGGACUCGGUCUUACACCACCCAUGGGAUGGAAUAGUUGGAACCACUUUCAAUGUAAUAUUGAAGAGACAUUGAUUAGGGAAACAGCGGAUGCGAUGGUGUCAUCAGGACUUGCUGCGCUAGGAUAUCAGUACAUAAACUUGGAUGAUUGCUGGGCUGAACUGCAGAGGGACUCUCAGGGAAACUUGGUACCUAAAGUUUCAACAUUUCCUUCUGGAAUUAAGGCAUUGGCAGAUUACAUUCAUGGCAAAGGCUUAAAACUAGGAAUUUACUCUGAUGCUGGGACUCAGACAUGCAGUCGAACAAUGCCCGGAUCUUUCGGCUACGAGGAACAAGAUGCAAAAACCUUUGCUUCUUGGGGGAUCGAUUAUUUGAAGUAUGAUAAUUGUAAUAAUGAUGGUACCAGCCCAAAACUGAGGUAUCCAAUUAUGAGCAAGGCAUUAUUAAACUCCGGGCGGCCCAUCUUCUUUUCUCUGUGCGAAUGGGGACAGGAAGACCCUGCAACUUGGGCUCCAAGUAUUGGAAAUAGUUGGAGAACAACGGGGGACAUUUCUGAUAACUGGGAGAGCAUGAUAUCCCGAGCAGGUGAAAAUGAUAAAUGGGCAUCCUAUGCCAGACCUGGAGGUUGGAACGAUCCUGACAUGCUUGAAGUUGGAAACGGAGGCAUGACAACUGAGGAGUAUCGCUCGCAUUUCAGCAUAUGGGCAUUAGCCAAAGCUCCUCUUUUAAUUGGUUGUGAUAUUCGAUCAAUGAGCAACGAAACAUACGAAAUCUUGAGCAACAAGGAAGUGAUUGCAGUUAAUCAAGAUAAACUUGGAGUUCAAGGGAAAAAGGUUAAAAACGAUGGGGACCUAGAGGUUUGGGCUGGUCCUCUGAGUAAUAGGAAGGUAGCAAUUGUGCUAUGGAAUAGAGGGUCUUCAAGAGCUACGGUAACUGCGUACUGGUCUGACAUUGGUCUCAACAACUCAACAACUAUGGUCCAUGCUCGAGACUUAUGGGCGCACUCAACUCAGUCGUCAGUUAAAGGCCACAUAUCUGCUGAUUUGGACUCCCAUGCUUGUAAAAUGUAUGUCUUAACACCUCUGAAAUGAGAAGCACCAUUAUGAUGUGAUGUUGGCCAACCAUUUCAAAUUUAAAAGAAAUAAAACCACAGUUUCUUCCGUA